AUGGCAGCAAACUCACCCGUCGUGAGCAACGCCAGGACAUCGGGAGACUUGCUAAGACUGAUCCCGUUCUCGGUCUUUAUCAUCGUGCCCUUCAUGGAAUUCCUCCUCCCAGUCGCCCUCAAACUCUUCCCCAACAUGCUCCCUUCGACCUUCCAGGACAGAUUCGCAGAGGAAGAAAAAAAGCGCAAGUUGCUCAAGAUGCGUCUUGAGAUGGCUAAAUUCUUGCAGGAAACCAUCAUCCAGCAACAUCCCAACACCGCUCCUACCUCCACCGCCAAAGUCAACUCUACCGCGACAGGAAGAGCAGAGGCGAUUAAGGAGUUUGGAGAAUGCUUCCGAAAAGUCCGUUCAACAAACGCGGAUGAACUGCCACCAACAACCGCAGAGAUGAUCCGUGUGGCGCGAUUGUUUGGAGACGAGUUGACGGUUGAUAAUUUGAGUCGGCCGCAGUUGUUGUCCAUGUGCCGGUACAUGAACCUCAAUGCUUUUGGGACAGACAACUUUUUGAGGUACCAGAUCCGCACCAGCAUGAGCUCCAUUCGCAAAGACGACAAGCUGAUAAUGACAGAGGGGGUAGACUCGCUGACAGAACCAGAACUCCAUGCAGCAUGUCAAUCGCGCGGGAUAAACGCAACCGACGUCUCCUCUUCCCGACUCCGCACAGAACUCGCCCAAUGGCUCGAACUCCACCUCACCUACUCCAUCCCCGCAACAAUCCUCAUCCUCUCCCGGACAUUCUCGUAUUCAGACUCUUACAUCCCCGAUCGACCCGGUAAAGUCCUCCACGCGACCCUAUCCUCCCUCCCAAGCUCGCUCCUCCAUGAGACCGAGCUCCAUCAUACUGAACAAGCCGCACACGCUACUGCCGCCGCGGCAGCUGCAGCCAACUUGGAGCUGAAACUUUUGGUGCUGCAGCAACAGGAGGAACUUAUCGUGAGUGAGAAGGCGCAGGAGGAGGAGAUCCAGAAACUGUGUAUGGAGCAAGCCAGAGUCGAAAAGGAGAUUGAGCUCUUGGAACGACAACGGAUUGCAGAGGUGCAGAGCGCCAAUGCUGCGCCCAUCUUCCUUGGGUCCUCUUAUUCUACCAAUGACCUCUUGUAUCGGUCAUCUGGCAAUGCAACAGCAGCAGCAGACGCGACUUACCAUGCUCAUCCUGCUGAAGAACCUGUCGUUAGCAUCUCAUCCGGCUCUGACCAGGUUUUCGUCAAACAACAACCCACAGCAGCUACCACCACAGCAGCACCACACAAAUCACACCUUACGACCGUUCAACUCCUCGAACUCCGAAAAGCCCUCUUUGUUAUGACCGCCCCCUCCCCUGUCAUAGAAGAGCGUGUCAAACUCGAGGGUCUCAAAGAGCAACAAGCCCGCCAAGCCCAAGCCCGCCAACAGGACCAAGGAACCUUCUUCUCGCACAACAUCAUUUACUCCUCCCCCUCACAACAACACCAACAAGGCUCCAACACCGCUCCUGGAACAAAACUAGCCGACCGCUUGUUGGGCGGCCGCGUCGAAAAGAUGAUCUCGCAACUCGACGAGGAACUACAAGCUUACGAAUCCCCCAGUCAUGAAAAAUUCAAGCCCAUUGAGACCAACGACAGGAACGAAUUGACCGUUGCUGAGGUCGAGGCUGCCCUCUGCAUCAUCAAACAUACGCCUGACGACGAAACUAUUAGACUGACUGUUCAGAAACUCGACAUCGACGGCGAUGGUUUGAUUCAGUUGGACCAUAUAUAUGAGCUGGCCGAUUUGGUGGAGCAAGAAGGGACUGGUGGUGUUUUUGGAGAGGGUGUUGUCGUUGAUGGAAAGCGACUCAGGAAAACCGACGUCCUCAAAGACAAUUUGCAGUAA